GGCGAGGCGGUGCCGCCGCUGCACGCAUGCGCGAGCGGUCUUGCCCGGGACGCGGUGCCGCCGGUAGCGCCGCGCCCGCCGGGGGCUGCCGCGGGGAGGAUGAACUGGUUGUUUCCCCUCGCUAAGGGCGGCGGCUCCUCCUCGUCCGCCGCGCCGCUGCCUGCCCUCACCAGCCUCCAGCAGCAGAAGCAGCGGCAGAUCGAGUCCCUGCGCGGCGCCCACGCCUCGAUUGCAGAAAUUCAGAAAGAUGUGGAAUAUCGACUUCCAUUCACUGUAAACAACUUGACAAUUAAUAUUAACAUCUUGCUUCCACCUCAGUUUCCUCAGGAAAAACCAGUCAUCAGUGUUUUCCCACCUGUGAGACAUCAUUUAAUGGACAAGCAGGGAGUAUACGUGACCAGUCCAUUAAUAAGUAAUUUCACAAUGCACUCAGAUCUCGGAAAAAUUGUUCAAAGUUUACUGGAUGAGUUUUGGAAGAAUCCCCCAGUUCUGGCUCCUAGCUCAACAUCAUUUCCAUACCUUUACAACAAACCAGCUGGAAUUCCUCCUUAUGCUCCUCAGAGGUUUCCAUUUCUUCCUCCAUACCCAACUCAAGAAACAAACAGAGCAAUGGCAGCCGUGCCAGUUGCUGAAUCAGUUUCUUCAAGCUACACUCCAGACAAGCCUGCUGCUCCCUCUUAUGGCUUGAUUACUGAUCUGCCACUACCUGUUCCAACAGCAGAAGCAGUGCUUCAGGUUGGUCAGAAUGGAUUUACUUACAAGAUGCCUGAUGUUCCUGAUACGUUUCCAGAACUCUCAGAACUCAGUAUAUCCCAGCUGACCAAUAUGAACGAGCAAGAGGAAGUGUUACUGGAAAAGUUUGUGACCCUACCACAACUGAAGCAAGUAAUUUCUGAUAGAGAUGAGUUAGUGAAAAGCAUUGAAGAGCUGGCAAAAAAAAAUUUAUUGCUGGAGCCUAGUCUCGAGGCAAAAAGACAGACGGUGUUAGAUAAAUAUGAACAACUCACACAGAUGAAAGCAGCCUUUGAAAAAAAGAUGCAAAGACAGCAUGAACUUAGUGAGAGUUGCAGUCCAAGUGCUCUGCAAGCUAGACUUAAAGUAGCUGCUCAUGAAGCUGAAGAGGAAUCUGACACUAUUGCAGAAGACUUCUUGGAAGGCAAAACAGAAAUAGAUGACUUUCUUAGUAGUUUCAUGGAAAAGAGAACGCUCUGCCACUGUAGACGAGCCAAAGAAGAAAAACUUCAACAGGCAAUAGCAAUGCACAGCCAAUUUCAUGCUCCACUAUAGACUUCCUGCAAAACUACACCUGUCAAGAGAACGAGUGAAAAACCCAAUAAAGCACACUUUUUAGUAACUAUUAUUUGCAAAUAAGCAUUUCAUCUUGUAUGGUUGUAUUUAUAGAAGAGAUUGUAUACGGAGUUGGGAUGGUUUUUGUACAAAUUAGAAUGUCCCUUUUCUAUUCUCAUUGUACUCAAGAAUCCUUCUAUUGCAAUCUUUGCACUAAUUGCUUGUAUUUAUUGUUGAUAGUUCUUAUUUACGUUCCUGCUGCUAUACUCCAUUACUCAGAGAUCAAGUAUCUAAACAUGGAAUUUUGACUAGCUUUUUACAUUUUUAUAAAAACAUAAUUCAUAUCUUUUGUAUUUUGAACUUUAAACAUAGAUUUUGCUUGAUCUGUGGAAAAGUUUGAGGUAAGUCAUAAUAGGACUUUGGAAACUUGGUAAUUUGAGAUUGUCAGUAGAUUCAGAAGCUGACUUUUCUUGAAGCCAAAAUGUUUAGGAGCAAGUUUUUUUACUUCAAUAAUGCAAAACUAAGUAUAGCCUGUAUUCUGUUUUGGUUAAGUAGAUUUGGAUUAAGCAAAAGAUGUGUUGGAACAAGUUAUAUUGGAAUCAAAAUAGAAUAAAUGAUCUCUGCUUAGAUUUGGUAUGUUGCUCGGUAGCAUUGAUGCACUUGCUUUCAGGAGUGGCUUGGUACCUACCACUGUAUUUAAUUAAACAGAAUUUUUAUCUAAGAAUUUAACUCCCUUUUUUUUAAGUAAAAAUAAUCAGGUCAGCCCCCAGUUUCUGUUUUAUUCAAUAUGAAUAUGUUUGUCAUAUGAGGAACUCAAAAGCGCUUUACAAAAAUGAGUUCUGAAGCUUUUUGUGAAGUGUAGUGGUUAUUACUUCCAAAUUCUAAGGAAAAAAAAAACCUAAUUUGGCUGAAAUUGCAUAGUGUGUUAAGGCCACUGAUUUGAUUUGGAAGUGAGACUUAAUUCUGCCUUUUAAUCACAACCUUGCCUCUAGUCAGCUGACUUUUUUUAGGAUGGUGGUGUAUCUGGUGAUAAUGGAUAGGACAAAGUAUUCUGUAGGAGAAAAAUACAACCCCUUAGUACAUACCUGAAUUUUCUCUAUUGCUCUUGCAAAAAGACACUUCCUUUUUCUUAACCUUGUCACUGCGUUAGGUUUUCAUAGAGACAGUCACGGAAUUGCAUUGUACAGUUCUGAGAGAUAAAUAAGAUAAAGCACUGAUGAAGUAAUGUAUUGGGAAUCCUACUUCUUUGUUUUCAGGAAGCUGUCUGGAGAUAAACCUCUUAGCCAAGACACUGCCUCUUUGUCACCUAGAUAGGGUCACAGAACAUCACAGAUCCAAGUCUCAAACUAAAGCAUGUCAGUCUAAGUGGGUGCUUUUUUGUGUUGCUCAUCUUCAGUCAGUCAGCCCUACACUUUGUGCUCUUUUGACAAAAUGCAGUAAGGCAUUUCUUCUGAAUUAGAGUAAAUUUGAAAAUUAUGUAAGUGCAAUAAGUGUGUUGCACAGACUAGUGAUUCUUCAGAGGGGGCUUUAGUAUCAGCCCUGUCAUACUUUACAGUACUGUAAUUGUCUGUCUUCAGCUACUGACCUUCAGGAUGACUAACCUAUUCACUGGUUUUUGAUGGGGAUUUUCUUUGAAAAACUUACCCAAGAUCUGAGAUCAGCUGUCUCAAGAAAAUAGAACUAUGGUACAAAUCAAAGAAGAUACUUGGGUGCCUGGAAAAAUAAACUGGUUGUAAGUGCUGUGAUUAAGCAAUAAUUACUUAAUGCAAGUUACCAAUAGUGUCCUGUUCAGGGAUAUGAAAGUUUUAGGUUGUAUCUUUCCUCCCUUUGUGUUCUCUCUAGUGUUCCUAUUCUUAGGAUUUCCACCUCUAUAUUUUAGCUCCCUUUGCAGUCACAAACUCAUCCUAUAGAAAAGAAGCAUAGAGGUCUCUGUAUUUAACAGUGGUGUAGUGGGUUAGCCACAGGUAUGCUGCUCACCUGCAAGAAUGGCCAGCCUGCUUCUGGCCCUUAAAGAACAAGGCAACCUGCUGCUCGUUUGUUAUUUUAUCUUUUAGUUGUGCCAAUGGGAACAUUUUUCCUUACAGGUAGUCACAAUGCUUCCACCAGAAGACCUAUGGGAACACUGAUAAUAGCCUGUCAAGGGCUAGGUUUUUGGCUUCUAGCAUUCUAGUAGUUCCCAGUUAAGCACAUUGCUUAUUUUGUUUUGCUGAAAUGUGGCAUGUAGGUAUAAAUCCAGCUUUAAACACUUCCUUACAAAGUGUAAAAGAAUGGCAGCUGGUGCUAAAUGCGUAUUUUAAAAACUUCUGAAAUGUGUCAGGUGAAGCCUUUAAGCAAUCUGGAAUGAUUGGCUACAUACAGUGACUUGUUUCUGGAGAGAAACUUGCGCUAUAUCAUGCUCCUGUUGAAGUGUUCUGCCAAGUGGAAAAGUGAAAUAAACAAGCAAAAAAUACAAGAUUAAGGGUGAGGGUACAUCCUGUAUUGUAACUGCUAAUUGAGUCUGGGUUUGCCUAAUUUUAACAUCUGAUCUGUUAAAUGUUUUCUAUAGCUGAGUUUAGGCCUCUUGUUCCUCCAUGAGUCAAGCAAGUACUUAAAUCCAGAACUGAAUUCUUCACAUAGCAACUGUAACUGAUGCUUUUGCAGACCAGAGAAAUUAUAAAAUGUAAGUCUGAAAUGAAGUAGGUCUCAUUUUAGGGUGAACUUGUGUACAACUGGUGUUAAUUAUACAUUCAGCUGAGUCUUUUAGAAGAAAGGUUUUUGUAGAUUUCACAGUCUAUUUGACAUGCUAAUCUUUAUGAAAAAUGAGUAUUGCAGGUAGGUAUAGCUAUGCUAACCACCACAACAAGCAAGAGACUGUAAAUAAGUUAGUUCUAAGUAGUAUCUAAUGAGCUACUAUAGUUCUGUUUGCUCUGUACCUACUUCUGCAGCUUGGCCACUUUGGACUUUGACCCAACACAGAAGUUUGAAAUCUCUUAAGACUUGUUUCUGUCCAAGUUCUUACUACUCCUUUCAAAGACUAGGAUAAUUUUUUUUUAGAAAAAUUUAAGAGAAUGUCAGGGAAAACAGAAUUAAAACUCUGGCAACAAAGUUAAAUCAGUUAUCACAGCCUUACUGUGUAUAUCAUUCUGCACAGUAACUACUGUAAUUUGUUCAACCUAAAAUAAAGUCUUUGGGAUUUUUGAAAAAUCUUGUAAUUGUCUAAAUUACAAAUAGAGUUUGCAGGACUUGUUGGGUGGAUACAGAAUUAUGCUGGAAAUAUGCAGUAAGCUACUCAAGGACAAAGUUUUAAUCUUUGUGUGUGGUGAUUUGAGCUUUUCCUGUUUAACCCUUUCAGCAGCAGUAAUUGCUGGAGUCACCUUCACAAAAAUGGGCUUUCAAAACCCAUAUUGCAUCUGUGGCUAUUGCUUUGGCAAAUGUCUGGUCUGAUACCUGUAGAGAUCAAAUUUUUAUGUAAUAAUAAGCUACAAGGAAAGCUUGUACAGCAGUAAUAAUGGAAUACCUUAACAUGAAACUCAGUUUAUAUUAGUCUUUGGAAACAGAAUAAAUCAAUAUGAGUUAUGCUGGCAACCAGAAAACUUAAAAAUGCGUCCUUGUCUGAAUUCUGUCACAGUGAUUCCGUUGGACCCAUAAGGUUUCGUUGGGUGUCUUUCCAGAAUGAUUUAUCUCAGAAGACCACUAAAUUUUAUUUAAAGAUUUAAGAUUAUCUGGUUUGCUGGCUCCAGGUGCUUUCCUGGCAAUUUAAAUAAUAUAAAUAAAGCUGAAUGCUUAUUUUACC